AUCAAGGAAGGCCCAAUGGUCAUGGCGGCACCCACCUAGCUAGAUCCGGGGUCGCACUUAAUCCACGUUCAUUUUAGUGGUCCAUCUGGGCCCACUACCUUUUCAUAUCACAACCAUCCAAAUAGUUGGACUGUUAGCACAUCCAGUAAGAACCUUGGAUCAUGGGUCAUCAUCCAUAGUGGGGCCCUCUAAUGGAGGAUCAGAAUCAGUAGCGUGGCCGGCAAUUCUGGAUGCUAUUAUCAUCUCUUCAAAAGUAAAUAGGCCGUUUUCUCACAUCUCACAAACAUAAAUCGGGAUUCGGGAACAUCACAGCUAAUAGUCCACACCAACCUGGCCCACUAUCCAGGCCCAUUGGAAAGCCCAGAGUAUACAUCUACAGCCCAAUUAAUCAAAUGGACUUGGGUUUGAAUCGGGAAAACUUUUAUACUCUGGCAGGGUAUGCUGGUUGAUAUGCAGGCACUUAGAAAUUUCUUAGGAAUUGCAUACUUGGUGAACAGGUAAUUCAAAUUAAACUGUCCAAAAUACGGAUCCAAGUUUAGGUGUAACAAGAACCAAUAAUUACGCUUAUCUGAUUAUCUGAACAUUGGAUUAGUAGGCAUUUAUUGAACGGUUGAAAAUGUAAAAAAUCCAACGGUCAUAUUUCAACAAGCAAGAAUCCAUGGUUAGUAGUGCUCAAGCAAUUUAAUUUCUGGCCAUUGCUAGUGACAAUGGGUUUUACAGUUUAGACGGUUUAAUUUUAGUCGUGUGAUACGUACAAUUUCUGAGCAACUGUCUAUCGAGUAUCAUACGCUGCCAGAGUAUCAAAAAGCUCUCUCCUUUGAUAUUCUGGCCGAGCGUGAGCUCGAGCGCAGGUCCAGGCCCGUUAUCUGGGCCUUAGGGACACAGGCCGUUCUGGGCCUAAUUUCAUAUGUUGCUCACAUCCAACCAGUUGGACUAUUAGUUACUGUCCAACCAUCUGAUUACGUUAAACAUAUUAAGUGCAUGUGCAAUCUAAGCCACCCAAUAGGUUUUCCCCACCAUGAUGAUCACAUUAUGCGAAAAUCAGCCCUAUCCAUUCAUUAGGAAGACAACACCGUUAUUUCAUUAUUUAUCAGCGGUUAUAAAUUACUUUCUAAUAUGUGGCCACCCUGAUGAGUGGAUGGGGCUAAUUUUUUCACAAUUUUGUCUUCAUGAAGGGCCAACCUAUAGGACAGGUUGGAUUUCGUGCAAACAUGAUAGGUUGGAAGUUAUCCACUACUGGACGGUUACCCAUUGUCCAAGAUGUUGGACCUGAGGAUUUCUCCGUGUGUCCAACCAGUUGGUUGGACGUGAGGAUUUCUCUGUGUCUUAUGUUGACCAAACCAACUCAUAAAGGGUCAAAGAGACACACCCACGUGGAGCCCACCCACUAUUAUACACCAAAUCUCUGUGUAUAUGACAUAACAGGAAUUCAAACUACAUUGUGAAACACCUCUCUAAAUUCUCAUACUUCUUCAUCAGCUUAGAGGGGAAGCAUAAUAAUAGACUCAAAAAUGACUGAAGAAGGUGAAGCUUUGAUCAGGAAGAAGGCCAUCUUACAUUGCACUUCUGACGAUGACGAUCUUCAAAGCUUCAGAUCAUGCCUCAGAUGGAUGUGUUUAGACCAAUCCAACUGUUUUUGGGCCAUUAUCUCAUGGACCCUUUUCAUCCUCCUCACCAUCGUUGUCCCGGCCUUGUCGCAUUUUAUCCUGGCAUUCUCAAACUGUGAUGGGAAGCAUCAACGGCCUUAUAACAUUGUCAUUCAGCUCUCUCUUUCUAUCAUCGCCACCCUCUCGUUCAUCCGCCUUACACGCUUCAUACGAAAGUAUGGCUUACAGAGGUUCCUCUUCCUCGAUAAGCUGCGCCACGGGAGUGAGAAGGUUCGGCGGCAAUAUACAGCAGAGCUCAAUAGAUCUUUUAAGCUCCUAUCCAUCUUCGUUCUCCCUUGUUUCGUAGCUGAGAGCGCAUACAAGAUAUGGUGGUACUCCUCCAGCGCAACCCGGAUACCCUUCUUAGGAAAUGUAUAUGUGAGCAACACCAUGGUGUGCUUCUUAGAGCUCUGUUCAUGGCUCUACAGGACAUCCAUCUUUUUGCUCGUCUGUGUGCUUUUCCGCCUCAUUUGCCAUCUCCAGAUACUGCAAUUGCAGGCCUUUACUUUGGUCUUCCAGGAAGAACCGGACGUGGCAAUGGUCUUGGUAGAGCAUUUGAGAAUUCGUAGGCAGCUGAAGAUCAUAAGCCACCGGUUCCGAGCUUUCAUUGUACUGGCUCUCAUCUUUGUGACUGCAAGCCAGCUUGCUUCGCUUCUGAUCACGAUAAAGUUCCAUGCAGCUUGCUUCAAGGCCGGAGAACUCGCCCUAUGCUCGGUGGGCCUCGUCACUGGUCUUUUCAUAUGCCUACGCAGUGCAGCGAAGAUCACACACAAGGCCCAGGCCGUCACGAGCCAUGCUGCCAAGUGGCAUGCGUGUGCCACGAUUGAUUCUUUCAACAUGGUCGAUUGCAAUGCAUCAAUGCAGAAAGCUGUGGGGGAUGUCCAUCCGGAUGAAGAAGAAGCUGCAGAUGAAGAUUACAUGGAUGACACCAAAUUCAUCCGGCCCCAUGCCCGCACCAUCUCCUACCAAAAAAGACAAGCACUAGCAACUUAUUUGGAGAACAACAAAGGUGGCAUAACAAUAUUCGGGUUCGCAUUGGACAGGGCACGGCUGCGUACCAUUUUUGCGAUUGAAUUAUCUUUGUUCUUAUGGUUGCUAAGAAAGACUGUUCAGAUUUCUUGGAGAGAAAGAGAGACAUGA